GUGUGAUUGUGGUGAAGCUUGGCUCUGUGUUGUCCCUCCAUACCUCCUGAAGCUAUGCUGCCAGAAAUAUGAUCUGUCUAGCCAGUACGCCAUUCCUUUAGAGGCUGCACCAGCUGCAGUCACACGAGCACUUCCCCAAAGCACCGGCGUGCUGACAAAAUUUCCACGACUGCCUUUGAGCAGCAACACGUCUCACUUGGUUCGCCUCAAGUUCUGCUUGCCCUCUUUGCGUAUCUCUUCCAUCGUAAUUUUCCCUCAUACAAAGGUUCCCAUCCCUUUCGUGUGUCUCAUGCGGCUCGCCACCUCGCUCUGACGCAGAUGUCAUAUGCGUUCGCCUGCCAUGCGACGACAUGCCCGCCCUAUCUGACGCGAGCCCUCUGUUUCAACCUGCCAAUGCGCGGGCGGUCCUCUCCGACGGUCAACAGGAGAUAUCAGUAAUCUGCGCCUGGCCGCUAUCUGGUCAAUACGGCGUCGGAUCACGUAUAUUAUACUACAUUCUGGUGGCAGCUUGCGUGCUGGCUCGAAAGUCGGAAUGGCUUCGUAAUGCAUGUCUUGCUGCUGCGCUGAUCUUUCCGGCAGUGGCCGCGCUGCAUGGUAUCACUCUUGCGGCACUGCACGUGGAUGGUGCUGUCGAUCUCGACAUAUACGGGGCCUUCCAAUUAUGCUCGAUUGGCAUUCUGGCCGUCCCCGUGACUACGCGGCUCUCACGCACCUACUUCUAUGAUCCUGGCCGCAACAUCAUCUUCUUGUGGACUGGUAUUGUCCUCGCGGGCCUGCUCAGUCUGACUGUGGAAUUCUAUCGCUCCGACCCGGUGCCCUGCGUCCUCGGAGACGGCCCAUUCGAGUAUGGCCAGACGUCAUGCGGCCUCGAUUAUUGCGUCGAUGGAGACGGAGGUCCAAAAUCACCCAUGAGGCGGAGCGCCACGAGCGAGAUCUACGUGAUCCCGGCUCCAUCGGCGCUCACGUUCAACGCCGCUACUCUCUCGGCGGCAGCUUGCUGCAUACCAGCAAUACUUUAUCUCAUCUCGACGUGGCUGAAGAUCCUCGAGCUCAACUGGAGGUCGCGUUUCGGCACGGGAGACCUGCAGCAGCAGAUCGAAGGGACAAACGGUGCCACCGUAGGAGGAAUGCUCCACAUCAACGCAGUGGUCGCAAGCUUCUUGAGCGUGUUGGAAAUCCUGCUCUUCGGGGCGGCCGUCGUGGCCAUCCUCAUCAUCGGCGAGUUGAACUUCUUUAGUGAGCAGAUGGGGUGGGAGGUAGAAUUGAUCCAGAGUGUCGGCCAAUGGGCGCCACUGGCCGGCACAGUCUUGGCGAUAAUAGGGUCUCUGUACCACCUGGUCGUUGCGGAUGCGGACGCUGUGGCUGUUGAGGAGAAUGGCGCGGACAGAAAGGAAUGCUGUUGCAAUUGCGCCCACCAUACACCCAACCAGCCACCUCUUUACAGGUCGCCGAGCAUCUUCGAUGGGUCGAGCACGCAUAGUAGCGGCAGCCGCCAUCAAGGCAUGCGAGAAGGUUUCGGCCUCGGGGUGAUGACUCCGGCGCUGCAUGAGGACAGCAUGCUGCACAGGGCCAGCACUGCCGAGGACACUGAAGGAGGAGACAAAGUCACGCUGAAGAGGACGCGGACGAUUGACGCGGCAAGUCGACGUCGGGUUGCAGAGGUCUUCAACUCCAUGGCAAACUACCUCGGCACUGCCGCGCACGACAGGUUUGACGAUUCCGACUUCAAGCAAGGGAAAGCGGUCGACUUCCCAGAGAUUCCUGGCGAGGCAGAACGCAACUCGAGGCUCGGAAACAUACGCGAAGCCUACAAUCCACAGCGCGAGCUGGACGGCAGCUUGACGCCCGAGCUCAGGCCGCAGCGGUCACGAGCGAGCAGUUUCAACUCGGCUUUUGCAUCUGGCGCCAUUCCAGAGCUGACCCUUGGCGCGUCGAGGCCUGCAUCGAUCGAUGACGUUCGGCCUCUGGCGGCAACAGCAGCACGCGCGGCAUCGAGAGGGCCGGUGCAGAGUAAAGCGCGGUCCAGCACGCUGCCGACUGAUAAAGCUCCGCGCCCAAGCUCUGACAUGGAUGAGCGCGUGCGACGACUGUCCGACGAGCGAGGCACGAAGAAACGCAGCAACACUCUGGAGGUGCCAGUUCUCGAGUACUCGAGCCACAUUCGCAACACCCUGAAGAAUUCCUCAAACGAUGUCGCCGACGCUGCUGUUGUAUCCGACGACAGACCAAGCACGCCUGCGAUUGUCGUCUCCGCCGAGCCCGAUGAUGUCUGGACCGCCACCAGGUCGUUUUCUCGAGAAUCCCCACACACAGAUUCACCAUGAGCACUCCCCAUCCGCGCAAAACACUCCAAAACGGCAAAAAUAAACGAUCAGGACCGUGCCUGACCGGCUCCAGCAUGCGGUGAGUGCGGAUCGAACGCACGACCUUCAGAUGAUAUUGAUAGAACCGAAGUGGUGGCUUCAGUCUGACGCUCUCCCAACUGAGCUAUCCCCGCUGUCGAGAUCGGUGAAGACACCUUGAUGACUUCAGCAAGCGCUUAUAACGUAUUGUGUUGUAGUCUGUGCAGAAUGGGGCUAGGGAAGACGGUCGCUUCGACGAAACGUUCGGCCAGAUCUGUCGUGUAAGUUGUAUACUUGAGGUUGUGUAGGGCGUUUGAUGCGCAUUUCUCGCAAGGAGCAUGGUCGAAGCGGGAGGAUAUAGAAUAAACGAAUAGACAUUGGGCAUUGCAAUCGUGGAAUUGUGCUAGAUUGAAGUUUCUUGGGCUGUCAAGCUGUGACAUUGUUGCAAUGCUGGCGACGAC